AUGGGCGAAAAGGCCGAAAAAACAAAAACGAAAAACAAGGGUAAUAUAAUUUUUUUAAAAUUUCUACUAAUUUUUUGUUCCCACUCAGAUUUUGUUGAUUGAUAGACUUUGUAAACGCUUUCAGAUGCCAAAACUCAGCUUUCAGUGGGUGUCCCAACCGACCAAGAAUUGAACGCGCCAACCUUGCAAGACGACGCCGAUGACCAGUUGCCUUCGGAGAGGACGGAAAACGAGUUGUCCGACAUCAGCGAGGAGGGAUAUAAGCAGUUUCUUCGACAGGAGACAACCACCAAAUUUGGGGCAGUUUUCUCUCCGGUCAUUGUGAAUCCGUACCUCCGGCGAUUGGCUGUGCUCAACGCUCUGUCCUGGGCGAUUACCAUCGGUUUUUGCGGGUUUGUGCUGUUCCAGGUGAUUUCGAUUUGGUAUGGACAUGCAGCUGUAAGUGGAUUUGUUUUUGGGUUUUCGGAGAAAAUUUGAUAGCUAGUGUAAAAAAAUUUGGUUUUCGAUAGUCUUUGGUGGUUCUGAAGAAGGAUUAGGGCGGCUAAUUGUUCAUUUUAAGGCCAAUGGAACCAGAUGGGACUUGUUUUUAGACAAUUUUUAGAGAAAGGUGUCAAAUUUUAUCAUGGAUAAUAUAAUUAUUGUUAGAAAAGCGUUAGAAAAAACGAUAUUGUUAUUGUAGGGCUUAUACAACUUCAUAUUUUAGGGUUUAGAGGUGCUUCUGGACCUUUUGGCAACUUGCAACGGAAUGCCAAAAAUGGCGGGAACUUUUGAUUUUUGAAGCCAAAUCGCUUCUAAACUUCUGAAAAUAGUUUGAAUGAGUGUAAAUUAAUUUUGAGUAAUCUAUAAAUUAAAUUAAUUUCAUUAUUUUUAUAUUUAAAACACCUUAUUUUAGGUCCACCAUCACAACGAAUUGGACCUUCCUUGCAUGUUCGAUUGGCUGGAAUGGGGCCCUUGUUCUGCCUCCUGCCGAAAUGGCCCUCAAUUUCCAGUUCAAACACGCCAUGUGGAUUCGAAAACUAUAGUCCGUGCUCGAGGAAUGUACGUCGAAACCGCGCCUUGUCCGAAAAACCUCGAAACUAUGUCGGAUAACCGAUCUUGCAAUGUCCAUCAAUGCCCAAAGUUAUUGUCGACUAUCCAGUUCAGAAAUGAUUGCGUCCAAUUUGACGGGCAUUCCGUGCAAGUUCGGGAUUUGACCAUUGAUGACAUGGAAACGGUAGAAAUGUCGAUUUAUUAUUAUUUAAUUUUAAUUUUAAGGUAACAAUUGACACGCCUGACCUCUACAGACCAUGUAAUAGUUCGUGA